AUGCUUUCGCUUAGAAGAAAAGCAGGAGGCCACCAUCACACGAGAAAGAAGCUUACAUCGAGCUCUCGAUCCGCAGAUGACAUAUCUACCACUUCGGCGCAUGAUGGGGGUGGUAUAGUGACAGCGGACGGUACUAGGGUGACCAAUGGUAGCGGAAGUGAUGUGAAGAACUAUGUUGAUAAUGAGGCAUCGAUUGCGAUUGUUGAUAGCAAUUUUUCCACGUUUAACCUAAUCUUUGACAAAUUGAGAAGUCCCAUACCACAGGAAAGAAUAGCGGCAUCAUACGAAUUAAAGACAUCUUUAAUAUCUCUCGUAAGAGAAGUUUCUGUGGAACAAUUUCAAAGGUUUAGUAACAAGAUUAAUAACAAGAUUUUUGAAUUGAUACACGGUUCAGAUCCCGAUGAGAAGAUUGGUGGGAUAUUAGCAGUUGAUACGUUAAUAGGAUUUUACGCGCAUACGGAGGAAUUACCCAAUCAAACUUCUAGAUUGGCUAACUAUUUAAGGGUUCUUAUCCCAUCCAAUGAUAUCGAAGUAAUGAGAUUGGCUGCCAAUACGUUGGGGAAAUUAGCAGUACCGGGCGGUACUUUAACUUCAGACUUUGUAGAAUUUGAAGUCAAGACUUGCAUUGAAUGGUUAACUACAUCACCAGAAAAUUCGUCUUCAAGUUCAAAGCAGGAAUAUAGAAAGCAUGCAUCUUUACUUAUAAUCACAGCAUUGGCUAAUAAUUCGCCGUAUCUACUUUAUCCCUAUGUGAAUUCAGUAUUAGAUAACAUCUGGAGAGCUCUAAGGGACACCAAAUUAGUCAUUGGGAUGGAUGCCGCCGUAACUUUGGGUAAAUGCCUUUCGAUUAUCCAAGAUAGAGAUGCACCUUUAACCAAACAGUGGGUACAAAGACUUUUCAAAGGUUGUGUUUAUGGUUUAACUCUGAAUACAAAUGAAUCCAUCCAUGCUACUUUACUUGUUUACAGAGAGUUACUCACUUUGAAAGGAUUUUACCUGGAUGGCAAGUACGACGAAAUAUACCAAUCCACAAUGACCUAUAAAGAUCACAAAUACGAUGUCAUUCGUAAAGAAGUUUAUGCCAUUUUACCAUUGCUGGCGUCAUUUGAUCCUCAAUUAUUUGCUAAUAAAUAUUUGGAUCAAACUAUGGUUCACUAUUUGACCAUUUUAAACAAUAUGAGUACCAGUGCAGCUAAUCACAGCGAUAAAUCCGCCAUCUUGGUUUCUAUUGGUGACAUUGCAUACGAAGUAGGCUCAAAUAUUAUGCCUUAUAUGGAUCCAAUACUGGAUAACAUUAGAGAUGGUUUACAGACUAAAUUCAAAAACAGGAAAAAAUUUGAAAAAGAAUUGUUCUAUUGUAUCGGCAAGCUAGCAUGUGCAGUGGGGGCAGCGCUGUCUAAACAUCUAAACAGGGGUCUGCUUUCUUUAAUGCUUCUAUGCCCAUUAUCUGACUACAUGCAGGAAACUUUACUCAUAAUUAAUGAAAAGAUACCCGCUCUAGAACCCACUAUAAAUUCCAGCUUACUCGAUUUACUCUGUACUUCACUAUCAGGCGAUAAGUUCAAGCAACCAGGAUCACCUAUGUCACUCAAAUCUUUAUCAAUCGAAAGGGCACGUCAAUGGAGAAAUCAAAGCAUAUUACGCAAGACGGGUGAAGUAAAUGACGACACCAAUGAUGCACAAAUUUUGACACAGGCACUAAGAAUGCUUCAUACAAUUAACCACAAGUCUUCCUUAACGGAAUUUGUCAGAUUGGUGGUAAUACUUUACAUUGAACAUGAAAACCCCCAUGUAAGAAAGUUGGCGGCAUUAACUUCAUGUGAUUUGUUUGUUAAGGAUAACAUCUGCAAACAAACAUCUUUACAUGCAUUAAAUUCUGUCUCAGAAGUGCUAAGCAAACUGUUAACAGUAGCUAUCACAGAUCCAAUAGCAGACAUAAGGUUUGAAAUCUUACAACAUUUAGAUUCUAGCUUUGAUCCGCAAUUAGCACAGCCAGACAACAUGAGGCUUCUAUUCAUGGCUUUAAAUGAUGAAAUUUUUGCAAUUGAAAUGGAGGCUAUCCGAAUAAUAGGUAGACUCACGACAGUGAACCCAGCAUACGUGGUUCCAUCACUGAGGAAAACAUUAUUAGAGCUACUGACAGAAUUGAGGUACUCCAACAUGCCGCGGAAAAAAGAAGAAAGUGCAACUUUACUUUGUGCACUCAUCAGCUCUAGUAGAGAGGUAACCAAGCCAUACAUUGAGCCGAUUUUGGACGUUUUGUUACCCAAAUCCAAGGACGGCUCUUCGGCUGUAGCUUCUACUGCUCUCAAAGCUGUUGGUGAACUUUCAGUUGUAGGUGGUGAAGAUAUGAAGCAGUAUUUGAGUGAGUUAAUGCCUCUAAUUAUAAAUACUUUCCAAGAUCAAUCUAAUUCAUUCAAAAGGGAUGCAGCCCUUAAGACCUUAGGUCAAUUGUCUGCAUCUUCUGGUUACGUCAUUGAUCCACUAUUAGACUAUCCAGAACUGUUAGGUGUUUUAAUCAACAUCUUGAAAUCAGAGAGUGCUCAAAAUAUAAGAAGGGAAACCGUACGGCUAAUAGGUAUAUUAGGUGCUCUUGAUCCAUACAAGCAUAGAGAAGUGGAAGUUACCUCAAAUGCAAAGAUUUCUGUUGAACAGAAUGCACCAUCUAUCGAUAUCGCCCUGUUGAUGCAAGGUAUGUCACCAUCUAAUGAGGAGUACUACCCAACUGUUGUAAUUAACACACUGAUGAAGAUACUACGUGAUUCAUCUUUAUCAUCCCAUCACACUGCCGUUAUCCAGGCAAUCAUGCAUAUUUUCCAAACCCUUGGUCUUCGUUGCGUCCAAUUUUUGGGUCAAAUUAUACCAGGUAUCAUAACAGUCAUGCAUUCUUGUCCUCCUUCAUUGCUCGAAUUUUAUUUCCAACAGCUGGGCCUUCUAGUGUCCAUCGUCAAACAACACAUCAGGACUCACGUUGAUGAAAUGUACGAAGUGAUUGAGGAAUUUUUCCCCAUAACCAAAUUGCAAAUUACUAUCAUAUCAGUCAUCGAAUCUAUUUCUAAAGCAUUGGAAGGUGAAUUCAAAAGAUUUGUCCCCAAUACUUUGACCUUUUUCUUGAAUGUUUUGGAAAAUGAUAAAUCGAAUAAAAAGGCGGUGUCUAUUAGGAUUUUGAAGUCUCUGGUCGUAUUUGAUAGUAAUCUAGAGGACUAUGCACAUCUGAUCAUUCCAACAGUCGUCAGAAUGGCAGAAUAUUCUCCCGGUACUUUGAGAAUGAUGGCGGUUGUUACCUUAGGGAAAUUAGCCAAAAGCAUUAACCUUUCUCAAAUGUCAUCUCGUAUUGUGCAAGCGCUGGUACGCGUCCUGAAUACGGAAGAUAGAGAACUUGUCAGAGCUACCAUGAACACUUUGAGUUUGCUUCUUCUUCAGCUAGGUGCUGAUUUCACAGUGUUCAUACCUAUAAUUAACAAGACAUUAGUGAAAAACCACAUUCAACAUUCAAUUUACGAUCAGCUGGUUAACAAACUAUUAAAUAAUGAAGGUUUGCCAACGAACAUUUUAUCUGAUAGAGAAUUUGAUAACAAUAAGAGAGAACCGACUGAAGCUGAAUCUGCCGCGAAGAAACUACCUGUUAAUCAAUUGGUCUUGAAGAAUACUUGGGAUUGCAGUCAGCAGAGGACGAAAGAAGAUUGGCAAGAAUGGAUUAGAAGACUAUCCAUCCAACUUUUGAAGGAAUCACCUUCACAUGCAUUAAGAGCAUGUUCUGGUCUAGCAGGAAUUUACUACCCAUUAGCCAGAGAAUUGUUUAACGCGUCAUUCGCUAGCUGCUGGACUGAGCUAUAUACACAAUACCAAGAGGAUUUGAUUCAGUCACUUUGCUCAGCUCUUUCUUCGCCUCAAAACCCCCCAGAAAUCCAUCAGACUCUUCUGAACUUGGUGGAAUUCAUGGAGCAUGAUGAUAAACCACUACCUAUUCCCAUUCAAACCUUAGGUAAAUACGCUCAACGAUGUCACGCAUAUGCUAAGGCAUUACAUUACAAAGAAGUUGAAUUUAUCCAGGAACCUUCCACUUCCACUAUUGAGUCAUUAAUAAGCAUCAAUAAUCAGCUUCACCAAACAGAUGCAGCUAUCGGUAUACUAAAGCAUGCACAGAGACACCAUGAUCUGCAACUAAAAGAAACUUGGUAUGAAAAACUACAGAGGUGGGAAGAUGCUCUGACUGCGUAUAAUCAAAGGGAGAAUGCUGGUGAGGAUUCGCUGGAAGUCACCAUGGGUAAAAUGAGAUCCCUACAUGCUCUUGGUGAGUGGGAACAAUUGGCCGACCUAUCAUCUGAAAAAUGGUCCAUCUCUAAGCCUGACGUUCGUAAUGUUAUGGCACCAUUAGCUGCUGGUGCAGCAUGGGGUCUAGGACAGUGGGAUAAAAUCGAACAGUACAUCAGUGUUAUGAAACCACAGUCUCCAAAUAAAGAAUUUUUUGAUGCUGUAUUGAGUUUGCAUAAGAAUAAUUUUGAUGAAGCUGAAAAGCAUAUCUUUAAUGCCCGUGAUCUGUUGGUUACCGAGAUAUCUGCCUUGAUCAAUGAAAGUUACAAUAGAGCGUACAGCGUUGUCGUGAGAUCCCAAAUAAUUGCAGAAUUGGAGGAGAUUAUCAAAUAUAAGCAGUUACCUCUAAAUUCGGAGAAACGUAUUAUGAUCAGGAACACUUGGAAUAAAAGGCUAUUAGGUUGCCAGAAAAAUGUGGAUGUAUGGCAAAGAGUGCUAAGGGUACGUUCCUUGGUGGUUAAACCAAAACAAGACAUGCAAGUGUGGAUCAAAUUUGCCAACUUGUGUAGAAAAUCAGGAAGAAUGGGUUUGGCUCAAAAGGCACUAAACUCUCUUCUAGAAGAAGGUGGAGAUCCUGAGCAUCCUAAUACAGCUAGAGCUCCUCCACCUGUUGUGUAUGCACAACUGAAAUACUUGUGGGCUACAGGUUCGCAGAAGGAGGCACUUCGUCAUUUGAUUGGCUUCACAUCAAGAAUGGCUCAUGAUCUGGGUCUUGACCCCAGCAACAUGAUCGCUCAAAGUGUCCCACAAAAUAGCAUCAUUGCUCCUCAUCAUGUAGAGGAUUACACUAAACUCUUGGCACGCUGUUUCCUGAAACAAGGUGAAUGGAGGAUUUCACUACAAUCAAACUGGAGAAUGGAAAAUCCUGAUGCUAUCCUUGGUUCUUACCUUUUGGCCACUCAUUUCGAUGACAAUUGGUAUAAAGCAUGGCACAAUUGGGCUUUAGCUAACUUUGAAGUGAUUUCGAUGAUAACUUCAGGCUCGAAGGAUAAAUCAAUAAAUGGUCUUCGUCCAUCGACAAACGGUGUUUAUAAAAUUGAAAAUGGCAUGAUGGGAUCCGAUACGUUUACUCCAGAGGGGAACAGUUACCCAAUAGAAUUGAUACAGAGACAUGUUGUUCCAGCAAUCAAGGGAUUUUUCCAUUCGAUCUCUCUAUCUGAAGCUAGUUCUCUCCAGGAUACUUUGAGACUUUUGACUCUAUGGUUCACCUUUGGUGGUAUUCCAGAGGCCGCCCAGGCUAUGCAUGAAGGGUUCAGCAUGAUCAAAAUUGGAUAUUGGUUAGAGGUUUUACCUCAAUUGAUUGCACGUAUCCAUCAACCAGACAAAGUGGUUAGUAGAUCCUUGUUAUCACUUCUUUCAGAUUUCGGUAAAGCGCAUCCUCAAGCGUUGGUUUAUCCAUUGACAGUCGCAAUUAAAUCAGAAUCUGUUUCUAGACAGAAAGCAGCUCUAUCCAUCAUAGAGAAAAUGAGAAUGCACAGUCCAGUUCUGGUUGAUCAAGCUGAACUAGUUAGUCAUGAAUUGAUCCGCGUGGCAGUAUUGUGGCAUGAGUUAUGGUAUGAAGGUUUAGAAGACGCCAGUAGACAGUUCUUCGGUGAACACAACACAGAAAAGAUGUUUGCGACUUUGGAACCUUUGCAUGAGAUGUUGAAACGUGGCCCUGAGACCUUGAGAGAAAUUUCAUUCCAGAAUUUAUUUGGUAGAGAUCUUAACGACGCUUAUGAGUGGGUCUUAAAUUUCAAACGUAAAAAGGAUGUGAGUAAUUUGAAUCAAGCGUGGGACAUAUACUACAAUGUCUUUAGAAGAAUCAGCAGACAGCUACCACAGUUACAAACGUUGGAACUUCAACAUGUUUCACCUAAGUUAUUAAUGGCUCGCGAUUUGGAGCUAGCUGUGCCUGGUACCUAUGCCGCAGGUAAAAAGAUUAUCAGGAUUUCAAGAUUUGAACCCGUAUUCUCAGUUAUAUCUUCGAAGCAAAGGCCUCGUAAAUUUUCUAUCAAAGGCAGCGAUGGUAAGGAUUACCAGUACGUUUUGAAAGGUCACGAAGAUAUUAGACAAGAUAGUUUGGUCAUGCAAUUAUUUGGAUUAGUGAAUACAUUGUUACAAAAUGAUUCUGAAUGUUUCCAAAGACAUUUAGAUAUCCAACAGUACCCUGCUAUUCCACUUUCACCUAAAUCUGGUCUUCUCGGUUGGGUUCCUAACAGUGAUACUUUCCACGUUCUUAUCCGUGAACAUCGUGAAGCUAAAAAGAUACCUCUCAACAUUGAGCACUGGGUUAUGCUGCAAAUGGCUCCUGAUUAUGAUAACUUAACUUUACUACAAAAGGUGGAAGUAUUUACCUAUGCACUUGACAAUACGAGAGGUCAGGAUCUUUACAAAGUCCUAUGGUUAAAGAGUAGAUCCUCCGAAUCCUGGCUAGAACGUAGAACAACAUACACGAGGUCUUUAGCCGUAAUGUCAAUGGUCGGUUACAUAUUAGGUCUUGGUGAUCGUCAUCCAAGCAAUUUGAUGUUGGACAGGAAUACAGGUAAAGUUAUCCACAUCGAUUUUGGUGAUUGUUUCGAAGCCGCCAUUCUAAGAGAGAAAUUCCCUGAAAAAGUUCCAUUCAGACUGACAAGAAUGCUGACCUAUGCUAUGGAAGUUAGUGGAAUUGAAGGUAGUUUCCGUAUUACUUGUGAAAACGUGAUGCGUGUCUUGAGAGCUAAUAACGAAUCUUUGAUGGCUAUCUUGGAAGCUUUUGCAUUCGAUCCUUUGAUUCAUUGGGGGUUCGAUCUACCAACACAGACUAUUAUGGAACGGACUGAUAUCCAAAUGCCUCUAACAAACACAAGUGAACUGUUGAGGAAAGAUGUAAUUACUGUGGAGGAAGCAGCCAAGAUGGAGAUAGAACAGAAAAAUGAAAUCAGAAACGCAAGAGCCAUGCUAGUUCUGAGACGUAUUACCGAUAAACUAACUGGUAACGAUUUCCGUAGGUUCCAAGAGUUGAACGUUCCUGAGCAGGUGGAUAAACUAAUUCAACAAGCAACCUCUGUAGAAAACCUUUGCCAGCAUUACAUCGGAUGGUGUCCAUUCUGGUGA